CCUAAUAAUUAUAAAGCCAUCCCUCAGUGACACCCGCAGACCUUUAAAAAAAUCAGCAAGGAGAAGCAGAGACCUUAGAAUCCGAACCAAUCUUCUCUUCUUCCUCUCAUCUUCUCCGUCGUCGUUUUUGUAUAGGAAAAUGGGAAGAGGAAAGUUCAAGGGCAAGCCCACCGGCCACCGCCACUUCUCAACUCCCGAAGAGCUCCUUGCUGGUACUUCUGCUCGUCCACGUACUUUUAAACAGGAAGAGGCUGAAGUAGAGGAGGAGGUGGAAGAGUCUGAAGAGGAGGUGGAAGACGAACAGGAGAAGAAGAAAGGCAUUCAGGGAAUUAUUGAGAUUGAGAAUCCUAAUUUGGUAAAAUCAAAGAAUGUGAAGGCUAAAGAUGCGGAUAUGGGGAGAACAACUGAACUCUCAAGGCGUGAAAGGGAGGAGAUAGAGAAGCAAAAAGCUCAUGAGCGAUAUAUGAGGUUGCAGGAACAAGGAAAAACUGAACAAGCAAGAAAAGAUUUGGAGCGCUUAGCCCUAAUACGUCAACAAAGGGCAGAGGCAGCUAAGAAGCGAGAGGAGGAGAAGGCUGCAAAAGAGCAGAAAAAAGUUGAAGCUCGCAAGUGAAAGUGAAUUCUAGAGAGGCUAGUAUUUCAUAUUCCGUUUACUUUUUGAAUGAAUGACCGUAGUGCUUGUAUACUUAAGCUCCUGCACAACAAGAGGGAAAUAAAAGAAGACAGAAUCUGGUAGAUUUCACUCUCUUAAGAAAUUUUAUAUAUAUAUAUAUUUUCUGUUGGGGCAUCUGAAAUUUUAUGCUAGUAUGGAGUGAACUCUGUUGUACCACCUUAAGAACAUAAGUCUUAUUCAUGUAACCUUAGAACAUUGUCAAGUGGAAAAUUAAGGUUCUGUUUAAUUAAAUAGACACAGAAAGAUCCUUUCUUGUGCGUA